CCGCCCCCCGUGUUCCUCUCCCAGCAGAACGGGCUGCAGCCCAGCAGAGUGGCUGCAGGAGCCGCCCGGCAGCGCAGCGAGUUCAGUCUCAUGGCCAAGCGCAUUGGGAAGGAUCUCAGCAACACCUUCGCCAAGCUGGAGAAGCUAACCAUCUUGGCCAAGAGGAAAUCCCUCUUUGAUGACAAGGCGGUGGAGAUUGAGGAGCUCACCUACAUCAUCAAGCAGGACAUCAACAGCCUGAACAAGCAGAUCGCGCAGCUGCAGGACAUGGUACGGGCGCGGGGCAGCCAGAGCGGGCGCCACGUGCAGACACACUCCAACACCGUCGUCGUGUCCCUGCAGUCCAAGCUGGCCUCCAUGUCCAACGACUUCAAAUCGGUGCUGGAGGUGCGGACAGAGAACCUGAAGCAGCAGCGGAGCCGCCGUGAGCACUUCUCCCGUGCCCCCGUCUCCGCCUUGCCUCUGGCUGCCGGCAAUUUGGGCGGCUCAGCGAUGCUGCAGGACGAGCCGCAGCGCGCCGGGGAUGUCGCCAUUGAGAUGGACGCACGGACGAGCCAGCAGCUGCAGCUGAUUGAUGAGCAGGAUUCGUACAUCCAGAGUCGGGCGGACACGAUGCAGAACAUCGAGUCCACCAUCGUGGAGCUGGGCUCCAUCUUCCAGCAGCUGGCACACAUGGUGAAGGAGCAGGAGGAGACGAUCCAGAGGAUCGACGCCAGCGUGGAGGACGCGCAGCUGAACGUGGAGGCAGCGCACGGGGAGAUCCUCAAGUACUUCCAGUCAGUCACCUCCAACCGCUGGCUGAUGGUCAAGAUCUUCCUCAUCCUCAUCGUCUUCUUCAUCAUCUUCGUCGUCUUCCUGGCCUGAGCAUCCCUCAGUCUGCCGCCCCCCCCUUGUUCCCCGGGCUGGAAAAGACGGACACGGUCAUGCUGUGACCGCAGGGCUCAGAUGGACAGCGGGGGACGGGGUUAGGGACACGCCAGGGACUGACGGCACCUGUGGCGGACCUCGGGCAGCCUCGGAGCCCCCUCGCCCCCAGGGAGCAGCGUGCUGGGCCCUUCACAGCCUCCUGCAGCCUAUGCCGAGGCCGGUCCUGGAGGCCGCCUGGUCAUGGUGGCUGUGACCUCCUGCAGUCUGCCGGCCUGCAGCCCCCUGCAAGGGGCCAGUGCGGGCCUUGUUAACGCUGUGGGACCCCCUGAGGCCCGCGGGUGCGGGGCGGGGGCUGCAUUAAAAUGACGGGACCUCU